ACUGCGCUCGGGUGUAUUCUAAAACCUCCCAUACCGGGACACUCCGAAUCCAGUCAAUUGUGCGAAAUAAUCCUAAACCCCACCGUAGUCAAUUCCCGCCUUCCAUUUUUGAAAUUCCAUUUAAUUUUUUAAUCGGUGCGAUCCCAACCGGCCAGUACGAAGUGUUGGAUACUAAAAAGGAUUGCCGUUUUAAAGAAAAAAUAUUUAGAAAAUAUAGAAAUGUGUGGACUGGAGAUUUUUGGCUAGCGUCAGAGGCGCCGAACGUUUUGCCGCGUCGUGUCAGCCGUAUAUAAGUAAAGUUACGUAACUGUUCCGGCCAAAAUCGAUAUCCCGGGCGUAUAAAUAGCGGCCUUACUAUUGUGAACAGCUGGCCGGUAGCCAGGCACCAUGCAGCCUACGAGGAUGCGAAGGCCUCGCCGGCACCGGUGGCUGACGGUCUCCGUGUUCUUCAUCGCGUACUCAGUGUUCCAAGCGGUGAUGACCUCGUCGACAGCAUCCGAACCAGCCAGCGACACGAACCCUGAACCAUCAGAGAAGAAAACCACUCCUAUAGCAGAAAAUGAACCUGAAAAAGGUGCAGCAAAAGAAGAAAAACCUGCAAAUGAGGGGACCGGUGAGAAUAAAGAGCCUGCGAAAGAAGAGUCUAAAACUGAAGAUAAAGAAGAAGAGAAAACGGAGAUUAAGGAUAAAGCGGAGAAUACGGAUAAGACAGAGAAUGGAGAAUCUUCUUUAGAAGAAGAGGAAGAAGAAGAAGAGGACAAGAAGAAAAUGAAAGAUGCAGGUUAUAAGGAGACUGAAGAUACGGCCAAGAUUCGAGAAAGGGAGAGACAGGAGAACCAGAGACCAGCAGUUCCAACUCUCCACCCACUUAGAGAUAAUUGCACGCCUCCUGCUAUAGAACAGUUUCCAAAACCUUUAAUGGGCCAAUCAGCUCGCAAGCACGGCGGGCUGAUUAUCCACAUCCUGGUUGCCGUGUUCACUUUCAUUGGUCUCGCCAUCGUUUGUGAUGAGUACUUCGUUUCCAGUCUGGACAGGAUCUGCGAAGAACUGAAACUGGCACCGGACGUGGCGGGUGCUACAUUCAUGGCCGCCGGUAGUUCAGCGCCGGAGCUGGCCACUGUUGUCAUCGGUGUGUUUUGCGCUCAGGAUGAUAUCGGCGUCUCCGGCGUGAUAGGUUCGGCGGUGUUCAACAUAAUGUUCGUGAUAUCUGUAUGCGCCCUGUGCGCCGGCACCGUCUCGCAUCUCAACUGGUGGCCGCUGUGCAGGGACUGCUUCUUCUAUGCCGUAUCCAUACUCGUCAUGCUGUGUACUAUCGCUAACGGAUAUGUAUCUUGGCCCGAAGCUCUCUUCAUGCUGAUAAUGUAUGGUGUGUACUGCGUUGCGCUGCGCUUUAACACAGCUCUGGAACAAUGGGCGAUGAAACUGCCGCUGCCGUUCAAACUGCCCACGAGGGAGGAGCAGGCUGCACUAGUCACUUACAAGAGCGCUGGAGCGCAGCCCCCCGCCAGCGCUCCAGGAGUCGAAGGCCAGUACACACAGAUGGAGGGACAGACUAAAGAAACCCCCAUGCAAGAUACUCCGUACCGUCCAGAUGGUGCAUAUGACAACGCGGCGUACAACGCAGACCCCACACAGACAUGGGACCCCAACGCUAUGUGGGACCCCAACAACGCUUGGUCAGAGCAGCAGCCGGCAGCAGCGCCACCGGCAGCCGGGUGGAACGCAGAAGGUUACGCAGCGCCCCAACAACCACCCCAGUCGCAGCCACCAGCGCAGUCUCCCUCGCAAGCGCAGCAGCCGCAGCAACCGCCACAGCCUGUACAGCCAGCGUACUAUAAGGCGAAAGAAUACAAUCCAGAGACUGCCGUCGACCCACUCGUCAAGCCAAUCGGCGCAAACAAACUUCAGCUAGCGUGCUGGUACGUGGCGUUCCCUAUCCACUGGUCCUGUCGUCAUACGAUGCCGGACUGCCGCGGACGCUGGUACCCCAUCACCUUCAUCAUCUCCAUGCUCUGGAUAUCCUUCUACUCAUAUUUCAUGGUCUGGAUGAUUACAAUCAUCGGUUACACUCUGGGCAUCCCAGAUACAGUGAUGGGUCUUACGUUCGUGGCAGCCGGCGUCUCCGUCCCCGACGCACUCUCUUCUCUCGCUGUCAUCAAAGAGGGGUAUGGUGACAUGGCUGUCUCGAAUGCUGUGGGGUCCAAUGUAUUCGAUAUCUUGGUGUGCCUGGGACUGCCCUGGUUCAUCCAGACUGCCAUCAUUCAGCCCGGCAGCCACGUGAACGUCAUCAGCAAAGGUUUGAUCUACUCCACUCUCUCACUGUUCUCCACCGUGAUCUUCCUAGUGGUGGCGACACAUGCUAACGGCUGGAAGCUGGACCGCAAGUAUGGCGCCGUGCUGAUGGUAUGGUACUUGCUGUUCAUUACCUUAGCCAGUUUGUACGAACUAAACAUUUUCGGCGAAUUCAACAAGCCUGACUGCAUCUCCAGCUAUUAAAUUAUAAACCUUAAAAUUAUGCCUCUAAUGUUCAAUUUAUUAAGUUCUAGACAACAGCUGCGUUUCGUUUCAGUGUUUAAAAAUAGAAUCGAAAUUAGCAGCGACUUAAACAAUAUUUUUAUAUUUCAAAAACUUAUUUAUUAUAGAAUUAGAGCUUUAGAUAUUAAGCUCGUAUAAAGCCUAAUCAGCCAUUCGCAUAUUGCUUAAAAGUUGUAUGAAUUUUCCGUGUUCGAGCAUGCUCUGUACGUUUGAAUUUCAAAAUUAAUAACGAAAAAACAAAGACAGCAAUUCGUUAAACGUAUUUUUAGUGGCAAAACUCAAAUUGGUGCAUUACCUUUUAUAAAAAAAAAAGCUUUAAGUACUUAUUGAGAUUAUUUUAUGUAAGGUUAUCGUUUAAUAAUUAAAAUGCUUUCGGAACGCUAGGUAGAAAAUGUUUAAUUCAUUUUGAACACGGAACAAAAAACUACAUCGAUAGUGUUUCUAGAAUAUGUAGGUACAGAUCAAAUUUUAAUAAAGCCUUAGGACAACGCCAUUUUGCUCCACAGCAUAAUGCAAUGUAAGCAAUCAAAAUGGCGUCCUCUUUUUAUGAAAUAGGCGUUAUUUAUCUAUAUAGCCGUAUGACACUUUGCCGCGGUUUUUUGUUCUGUGUUGACUUAGCGGCUGUAAGUAGGUCUAGAACUAAUAUUUCUGUUCCUAACUUACUUUUCGUCCAUUAAUUGAAAUUUAUUUAUGCUAUUAAAAUAAGUAUUACUAGACUUAAUGUUUUCUAACGCCAUGUCUUAUGAUCAAUAAAAAACAUCGAUGUUAGCAAUCAAUAUCAUAAUAUUUUAUAAUGUGUAGAGGUACAUUGUUCUAUGUUCUUGCUAUCCCCUCAAUAAAAAAUGAAAGCGCUAUAUGGCAUUGUAAUAUAUUAAUUAUAAAUGAUAGUAUCAUAGACAAUUUAUUAAUAAAUGCACACUUUGACUAUGGAAAUUGACUAUGGAAAAUUUAAUGUACUUAUAUAAAGGUAAAUUAUAUUGAUCGGUACUGUGCUCAUGUAAUGUAACGUUAUCAUAUAUUACAAGAACCUGUUCCUGCAUUAUUAUGUUACAUUCUAUACUAUAUCCGAAUUGCAAAUUUUCAUUACGCGAAUCUUUUUCCAAAUAUUUAAUACUUAUUAAGCAAUAUUUUUCGCAGAGUGUAUGGCUUUAUUCCAAUUAUUUAAUUUUGCGGUAAAAACGAUUUUGUUAUACGGAUAUACCCUAAGACGUUUCAAAUGACACUCGUGUAGGUACACAUCGUGCCUACAUUUGUACACACGAAUGUCCUUGGUGGAUAUAUACCCUAAUGUCAAUCUAUGGAUAUAAUUGCUGGCAAAUAACUUGAAUAAGAUUCUAUUAUAUUACUAUAUUAAUAUUAAUGGUUACUAGAUUAAAAUUAUUUUGUUUAAUUUCUCUAAAAUUAGCUAGUAUGUGUGAGAUCACACACAUUUGUUGCGGAGGACUAAGUAGGACGAAUAAAGAUAUUUGUUAGUGUUCUAGCUGUAUUUUGCUUUAUUUUAAUAUUUUAAAUUUUAUGAAAAUAAAACACUUGUUGACAGCUAGAAAAAAAAUGAGUUUUAAUUUUUUAUUAAAUUCAAAUUAUUAUAAAUACCAAAAUGUUUUCAUGUGUUAACAAUAUUAGAUUAAUAGUAGCGAAAUUAAACAAAAUAAUACUAAAUCCAGUAACAAAUGAACUUCAACAGAAUGUUUAAAUAAAACAUUAUUAUAAUUUUACGUAUAAAGAGCGUUUGAGUACUGCGCAAGCUUAAGGUUUAGCUUAAGUUGUUUUACACGUGAUCAUUAUGCAAGACAAAACAAAUUGCAUAUAGCAGCCCACUCAGCUGUAGUAUGCAAUUUCUCUUAUCACUCAGACAAAUGUUUAAGAGAAAUAAAAAAAGUAUAGUACCUAUGUAAACAGACCUAAACGGCUGAUAAAAAUUGAGUUACCAUUGUUUAAACAGGCUAAGAAGCCUAACUAUAUGAAGAACAAUGAAAUAGGCAUUCGGAUUGGAUGACUUAAAUAUAUAGUAUUGACUGAAAUAUGUGGGUGAAUCAAGGCUUUGUAUUAACAUAUACCUGUAUGUGGAUAGAAUUACUGGCCAUUAAUUUAAACAUUGCUUUGACUUACGCAUUAACUUUUUAUUUUUUUUAAACACAAACUUGUCUUCUAUGCUCUAUUGACUAUGGUUUUCUUCAAGUUUUUUGCCACAAACUGUAUGGUGUAACCAUAUAUUGCAUCAUAGGAAUUCUCGAGCAAAGUACUUCACUAUCAUUGUUAGGUUUCUUCAAUAUAAAAAGGAAGGACACGUGUACAAUACGUAUUGCAUCGAAUCAAGUAUAUACCCCGCAAUCCUUUUGCUAAUUCGGUCUAAAUAUAUUUAUAGAUAAUUACUGAAAAGACAAAUAAGUUUAAAUAUAUAACUUGAAAUUAUUAGCAUUCUUUUAAGAAAUAUUUUAUGAACGAAAUUAAACACUUUUUUUCAAACAUGUAUCUAAAAACGAAAAAAAAAAUUAAACUCGCAUCGCACAUGUCAACUGGAUAGACGAAUAUUUUUUUAGGCAAAAGUAAUAGACAAAUAAAAUCUUUAAUCAAAUGCGAUGAUAUAUUUUCAUAGGUCCCUAUGUACCUAUUGUCUAACUGAGUUUUUAACUAUACAACCAUAUGAAAAUGAUACAUUAUAUGUUUAUAUAGUAUAAUAUAUAAUUUGCUUACAAUUUGGCAACUGCAUUUUUUUCAUAUAAAUGGCAACAUUAAUAUUUCAUAGUAACAAAUACAUUAAUACGAGUUGCGCACAAAAAUUUAAAACAAGUUUAUUGUUACACUCAAAUAUCUACUGUAUUCCACUAACAAUACCGAGUGCUCUGUGCUUAUUAUAUGAUUGUCUAAAUAUCUUAUGAAUUUACAUAGUUUUAGCUGAAGAACAUAUACCUAGGUAUUUAACUGGACGUAGCUUUUAUUAUGUGUAGAUUUUAUUCGUGAUAAUAUGCUAGUCAUAGUUAAAUUAGUUAUAUAUUUAAUUAAAUAAAGAUAUCUUUAAUCGCUUAUAAUGUUUAGUGAUAGUUAGAUGGUAAUAUGAUUACUUUAUAUAAUACAGCCAUAUUUUAACAUUAAUUUUAUUAAAAGCAGAACAUCGAUAUACAUACGAAUUAAUCAAAUAGAUAGAAUCUGCAUUUCUAGCAAUGAAUUAUUUAUUUAGUGUUAGUUUUAUAAUUGCCCGGUAAACGAUCAAAUUUUACACGAUUGUCGAAUGUUUGAUCGCCUACGAUUGUACUGGACACCUAUUCUGUUUGACAGGCAAAAUUUAUCGCACUACACAUUUGAUAUGUUUGCCAAAUAUGUUUGAAGGUGUUUGUCGAAUAAUUUGAUCAUCCACAACUGUGUCAAACAUCUGUUUCUGUUUGACAAACCCACGAAGGUUUAUUAAGCUAAUUUAAUAAUUUGUUAGACAUAUUUGAAGAUGUUUGUCGAAUAAUUUGAUCGUUUGUGACAUAACUAUCUAUUUGUCAAACAUGUUAAAAAGUGUACAAGUGUUUGUCCAAUAAUUUGAUCAUCUGUGACUGUAUGAAACAUUUUUUUUUUAUAGAAUCACAGAUGAUUCAAAUAAAUCUUCAGUCUCUUGUUGUCAACAUUUGUUAAAGUUCCAAUUCUUUAUUAAGUGUAUAUGGUUGAGAUUUGAAUUUGAAAAACAGGUUUGAUCGUUUACCGGACCUUAAUAAUUUAUAAUAUAUGUAAUAAUUUAUAUAAAGAACGUUCCAAUCUACACAUUUGAAUGAACCAACUGCAACAAAUCCUCCAGAUCUUCCAGCUAACUACCUUUAAACUUUCAACUUUGAAGAUCUAUCUGAACUUCAGUUUACGUUUUCCAACCCCAAUGAAAAUACCUCUGUGUUUUAUUUACUAGUUACCUACUAUUAUAUCCCAUUCCAAUUCUGUGAUCUGUUUAGCUGUUUAGGUAUUAUAAAUGUCACUUAUAUUUUUCUGAAAAAAAAAAAUAGAUUUAAGAAUCUCAGUAUGACUGAGUGUGGAAGGCAAAAUUAAAAUACAUUGAUAGUACACUGCUAGGUGUUAUUAAAAAAAAAAAAAGUAAAUAAUGAUAAUCAAUAUAAAAUAAAAGAAGUCAGCCAUUGAUUUUGAUGUCAACUAAACCCUCAAUCCGGCCCAACCAAAUAAAAACGUGACAUCUCUCAAAAUCUGAUCACUAAGUAUUAAUGUGGUGUAAUGGAACGGGUAAAAUUAUAGGCAAAAUGAAAUUCAGUGUCAUAAAUUGUCUCCAAGGAGUCAAAAUAUGUUUUUUUUUUUUUUAUUUUUACCACAGAUAUGGAUUUAUAUGUUUGGACGUAUGUCUGACGUGACUGUGUGCACAUUUUAUGUCAGUUUUCACCACUAAACUAGGAUCAAUAACACCUAAUCGACUCCGACUGAAUUUCAAUUCAAAAUCCGUUUAUAAAACUGUUAUUAAAAAAAAAUUAAAAAAUAUCAAUAUCUCUUAUGUUACACGCUGUAUACCUGUAUACCUAAAUUACUUCAUAAAUUUAAAAUAAACUGAGAAGCUUGUAUGGGCAAUUGUAUGAAUGUGGAUAAAACCAGGGAGACAUAAGAGGGUCAGAAACAUUUUGCCGACUGUAAUCUCUGCCUACCUCUAAAGAAAUAGGUGUGAGCUUAUAAUAAUAAUGAAUAACUAGUUUAGCAGUAAACGAGGAAAUAACAAUACACAGCAUUGAGUGAUAUGACGCGUGGAAGAGUGGUAUAUAAAUACCUAACGGUGGUAAUGCACCCAUAUGUGUACAGGUGGAAAAAAUAUUAGGACUAAAUAUUGAAUUUAGCUAAUUUUAAUCAGAGGAAAUAUUAUUUUGUUUUUUAGAAAUAAAAAAAAACUGCACUCAGAUAUUUUUAAAAGCCCACCUGAACCAGUAAUAAAACGCUGACUUACGAAUAUUUUUAUUCUAGCAAUCGAUAGAGUCAAUAAUGAAGAUUUUCUUCAAAUAAACAUAUUGUAUUAAUAAUAAUAUAAUAUAAAUAUAAUUUUUUUUUUUUUAGUACGUUUGUUCCGUUUGGAACAGGCUAAGGUCGGAGACCAUGCUGCCUAGUCUUCAAAAAGAUAAAUUGUCUGGAAUUUUAUUUUUCUAAUGUCGCUUCAAUUAUUGUCAUAAUCUUCAAUAUUUCAUUUGUCAAAUCCGGUAAGUACAUUUUCAUAAAUAUCUUUUCUUGAGUUUUCUUAAACCAGUGGAUUUAUCAAAUUAAAAAUAAAUAAUUAUAAAAAAUCAUUGUCUUGCAAUUCAAUAAAAGUAUUCUUAUAGCUCCUUGAAUGUUGUAGUAAUAUAAGUGAAAAUAGCUUUGAAACAAGAAGGAAAUCUUAAGAGA